AUGUCACCCCGCAUAACUUUUUUAGUGUACAUUCUAGUCACCAUCACAUGUAUCAUUCUUGUUAAUGCCGUCUCUGUGAAUGCCUUUUCCGAAAGUUUUGAUCUUUCUUACGAUAAUGAAGGCGGCGAUUCCGCAACAAUGCCUUAUCAAGAUUUAGAAUCUAUCGUCCCUGACGAGAUUGAAGCAUCAGAUGAAUUUACCAGAGUCGUCGAUGAGGCAUCGUAA